AUGAAGCUAGCGGCAUGCCUGCUCUCACGCUCUUCGAUACCUACCCGUCAGCAUGCCGUCCUCAACUUGAACCUUGUUCAUUCUAGCACUCGCCUUUCGACACAUCGAUCCUACAAGACACAUACCACCGCGAACGAAUACAAGUGGGGCUCAGAGGUUCUGGACGAGAUGCGAUCCGGAACAAAGGCAGGCGCUCGCAAGCUGCCCAAGACGUGGCAGUCGACGCACGGCGCCAAGUGGGACGACAGCAUACCAACCCCCGCCGCUGCAAAAGGCAAAUGGCGGUCGAAACCGGGCAAGGUGUUUCAACCGAAGCUGACGCCUGCGCAAGCAGCCAAGGAGGCCGAGCGCCAGGAGCUCGAGCGCCAUCUCGAAGUGUACACUCACAAGUUGCCGGCCGGGCCGCCACACUCCGCCGGGUCCAGCUUCCUAAGCCCGCUCAGCAAGCCUUCGUCUUCGUCCUACACGCUCGAUCAGCCGCUCUUACCCAACGGCACCACCUCUCGAGGCACGACACCGCGACUCAAGACGCCAAUGAUUGCGUACACCGCAGACUACGAAGAAGCGUCUGAGCUUCUCGCCUGUCUUGGCCCGGGGCCGAUGGGUCUCGACCUCGAGUGGAACUUCAACCACUACACGGGCCCAAAUCGCACUGCCCUCCUCCAGAUCUGCUCACCCUCGCUCAUUCUCAUCAUCCACCUUUCAGCCAUGUCGCAUCGCGUGCCGCCUCUGCUCAAGAGCAUCCUGGAGGAUCCAAAUGUCAUCAAGACGGGCGUAGCGAUCAAGAAUGACGCGCUCAAGCUGCAACGCGAUUACGCCAUCGAUACACGCAACGUCCUCGAGCUCGGCAACCUCGUCAAGCUAGCCCAGCCCGAGAGAUGGGCCAGCGUGAAGCACCUGAUCAGCCUGCGAGACCUUACGCGCAUCUACCUCGGGCGGAAGCUCCGGAAGGACAGCGUGCGGGUGAGCGACUGGGAGAAGUACCCGUUGGACCCGGAGCAGAUCGAGUAUGCAGCGAGCGACACGUUUGCCAGUCUAGAAGUGUUGCGAGCCGUGGCCGAGUACUUCAAACCGAGCGCGUCGGAGGGUGGGACGGACAAGUGGCUGCUAGAACAGUUGGACAGAAUCGAUUCUGCCAGAGCAAACCCAGCCAUGGAGCUCGAGCAAGCCUUGAAAGCGAGCGCUUACGACUUGCUCGAGGAGAAGAUGCAGCAGGAGGCUUUCGAGAGGCAGAAGCAGAACUGGAGGCCAGCGUUACGGACGAUCCAACCAGAGGCUCCAGCACCUCCUGCGCCGCCCAGUCGGGCGCCAGUCAAGCCGGUCCAGGCCAAGCCUCCCGCGAUCACCCCCACCAAACCUCGUGCCAAUCCAAAGAUCGAAAGCGACGACGACUUUGUCACGGUCUCGCGGGUCAACCUGGCCCACGACCGCGCCAUGAGUAGAUGGCUAUACUCGCAGCAGACGCUCGACCAGAUCGCCGCCUCGAGCAAGAUCAAAAUCACGACUGCGGCCAUGUACCUCAACAAAGCGCUCAGCGAGGCCAAGCGGGCUGCUUCCGGUAAAGGGGCAGGCGAGAGAGGCAUCUUGGACGACUUUACCAUGGCAGACAAGAGGAGACUCGAACACGAGAUGAAGGGAGCCGGACCGGCUUGCAAGGUUUCGUUGAGCCAAUAUAGAGGGCUCGCGAGAGCUCUGGGAUGGCGCGACGCUGUCAGCAGUCCCAGCGGGAGUGAAGACGAAGGAGGGUCGUUGUUGUCCAGCCCGAAAACGCAAAAGAGGCCAGCACCGGUUCAAAAGACCAGCGCCAAGGGGGCUGCAGCGCUGAAAUGGAGCUCCCCAUGGCAGGUCGUCGAGGUGAGCGAUGAUGAGGUCGAGGUGGUCGACACAUCUCGAUGA